ACAAAAAUAAUGCAUUUAUUUACAUUCAAAACAAUGCCGAUUUGAGAGAAUCUGGGAAAUGCAUAUAAAGGCGUCACUCGACCACACAUCAUCAUUCAAACCAUCACUUCCAUACUCCAACUUCAAGAGCACCUGCAUCCUUUCCAGUGCUGAGAAGUUUCGAGAAUUUCCGAGAAUUUCCGAGACGCGAGUUGAUGACAACCAUGAAGUGCUCGUCCUUCUUCUCAGGGCUAUUGCUGAUAGCCUCCUUUGCUUGCCUCAUUUGGGCGUCCCCGGCAUCGAGGCAGCCACAAGAACUGAGCCAGACUGACAUUGUUGUCCUGGCGAAUAAGCUGCCAUGGGAAUUGCGCGUUCUGUACGAUCUCAUCAUCGACCUUAACACCGACGACAUCCGCAAGGAAAACUACAUCUGGCAUGCCUUUGAGCUCCUCAAGUUCAAGAAGUACCAGGCCUACAUCUGGUUCUACGACUGGCUGGUCUACCAGAGCGGUUACGACGGGUAUGGUCCCGGUAGGCACACACCGCGCCACGGUGGGCACACUCCGCGGGGCGGACACGGCGGACGGACCCGUGGGCACGGCCACGGCGGGCCUGGUAGACGCACGCCUGGUCACGGCGGGCCUGGACGGCAUACACCUCGCGGUGGUAGGCACCACCACGGAAGGCAUUAGGAACAGCGGGAAAAAUGGAAUGAUGGUGAUCUUGGAAGGAGACAGGCAUCGCUAAAGAUGCCGAUUUAAACUUAUUUUAGAUCUGAAGCAUAGGCCUAUUCCAAUCAUUGUUCAAUACAUUUAUGAUAUCACUGACGACAAAUUAACAGACCUUAUUUGGAAGAUAAAUUUUAGAAAAC